AUGCCAUUCGAGAAGGGAUCAAAUCUGGCCCAGGCGAUUCCAGCGAGGGUUUCUGAUUAUUUUUAUUCUUUCUUUCUUUCUUUCUUUCUUUCUUUCUUUCUUUCUUUCUAUCCGCUGAUUCCUGCCUUCAUAGUCUUUGUCUAUCGAUUCCGCAUUAUAUCGUUUGCUGUAUUUCUGUUUUUCUUUGUUUCUAACAUUUUCUUUCCUUCUUUCUUUCUUUCUUUCUUUCUUUCUUUCUUUCUUUCUUUCCUUCUUCAUUUCUUUCUUUCUUUCUAUCCGCUGAUUCCUGCCUUUAUAGUCUUUCGUUUGCUCCGUAUUUCUAUAUUUCUUAAUGUUUCUGAUUAUUUUUAUUUUUUCUUUCAGUUGAUUUCUGUCUUUUUUUUUAGUUUUUGUAUUUCCUUUUUUUUUUUUUCAUUAUUUUUGUCAUUUACCGUUUUUACUAUUUUUCUUUCUUUUUCUUUCUUUUUCCUUUUUGAAUCUUUUUUUUCUUUUUUUUUCGUGACGUAUUUCUGUUAUGUUUCUCUCCUCUUCAUACUUUCUUUUUUUUUUGUUUCUUUUCUUUCCCUCUUUCCAUUUUUCAUAGUUGUACCGUUUGCUGUAUUUCUGUUUUUCUUUCUUUCUGACAUUUUUAUUCUUUCUUUUUUUUUUCUUUCUUUCUUUCUUUCUUUCUUUUCUUUUUCUUUUUCUUUUCGCUGA